AUGCCGGCCUCCAAAAUGCGUUCCCGCCCACAAGUCUACCCCCGACUGGCCUUCCACAUCGUCCGGACCAUCGCCUUCAUCAGCGCAACCAUCGUCAGCGGCAUCUUGAUCUACUUCUGCGUCCAGCUCCGACACGACGGCUUCAAGCUGCCGUGGACGUUCAUCAUCGUCCUCGCGUCAACACUACUGUCCCUGCUCUCCCUCUUCGUCACAGGAAUCCUCUACACAUGCUUCUUCCUGUCGCCGCUCUUCUCGCUCAUCCUCAACGUGACGAUCCUGAUUCUCUACAUUGUCGGUUACGGGCUGCUGACAUGGAACAUCUACGGCACGCUCGGCCACACGUGCAGCCGCGCCAACUGGGCUAGCGACGACGGCAUGAUGAUCUGCCGCACCUACAAGGCAUUCUACGCGUUUGAGUUGUUCGGCGUGCUCGCGCAGAUCGCCUUGAUCGUGCUGGACGUGCGGAGCCGCCAUGCCCAGACAAAGCUGGGCCGCUACAACAAGAUGGCCGACGCUGCGGCCAAGGGUGGCGCCGACGUCAAGCUCGACGACCUGCAUAGUCGGUCGUUGUCCGAGUCUCAGUCUCAGUCUCAGUCUCGGGCGGUGAGCGAGCGCGAUCCACUCGGCCACGGGCACGCCGAUUCUCAGGACUCCGUCCCCUACGGUAUCGGCGACUACAAUGAUUCACGGGCCCGAUUGAGGGAUAACGCCGCGGCGGACAUGGGUUAUGGGCACGCGCCAGCGGUGAGGAUGGACGAUUUCAGAAAUGACGGCCCGACGGGCGGAUAUACCGCGUAUAGACCGCCACAGACAGGCUACGCGAACAAUGGAUACGGUUAUGGUCCUCAGCGAUGA